AUGGUGGCUCAAAUUUGGAAGGCUCUACCCGUUCUUGCCGUGGUUGGCUCGGCUUUCGGACAGUUGCCGGCGUUAGCUGAUGACCUCCAGACCAUAACCCUCCAGGAUGGUAUAAGCCUUCGAUAUAAAGAGCCUGGCAUUUGCGAAACGACUGAAGGAGUGAAGUCAUACUCUGGUUUCAUCGAUAUCGCAGAAGACAAACAUAUUUUCUUUUGGUUUUUCCAGUCGAGGCGUGAUCCGGCCUCGGAUCCUAUUACACUAUGGCUCAAUGGAGGCCCAGGUGCAGAUGCAAUGGGAGGGCUAUUCGAAGAGCUUGGUCCUUGCUCGAUCAAUGAAGAGCUUUCCACAGAACCCAAUCCGAACGCAUGGAAUGAACUGUCCAACAUGCUUUUCAUGAGUCAGCCUGUUGGAGUUGGCUUUUCAUAUGGAACAACGGAGGACUUCUCCAUGGAUGUUUCAACCACCACAGGCGACGCAGAUGCGCCACCUAUAGUCGGAAGAUUUCCAGAUGCCGACUAUAUGGCCGUUAAUUCGACGGAAACAGCAGCGGUCGACGCCUGGAAAGCUGUGCAAGCGUUUUACGCCGCCCUUCCCGAGAUCGACCCUGUGGUUGAGUCAAAGACCUUCCACCUCGCGACGCAAUCCUACGGCGGGCACUGGGGACCAGGCUUCUUCAACUACUUCCGAAAACAAAACGAACUUGUCAGCGGCGACGGAGAUAGCCAGGGUGUACGGCUCGAACUAGGAACACUAACGAUUAUCAAUGGCAUGACCGAUGCCAGAUUACAGUACCCAUCGUACCCCAAAUUCGCUCUGAAUAACACGCACGGCGUAGAAGUAAACGAGACUGUCGCCGCUUACAUGGAGUUCUCUCUCGACAUGGAGGUGAACGGGUGUCUCGCGCUCAUCGAUGUCUGCGGGGAGACAUGGGCUCUCACCAACGGCACGACUCUCUCUGGCAACAUGGUCUGCAACGAAGCCAAUGCAGUCUGCCGCCGUACCGUCGAGCUCCCGUACUACGCGUACGGCAAUCCUGGAGACACGUACGACAUGCGCAACGCGACUGAGUUUCCACCGCCCCCGGGCCUGUUCUCCGCAUAUCUCAACCUGGCCGAAGUUCAGCAGGCGCUGGGCGUGUCGACCAACUACACGGGAAGCGUGAAUACUGAAGUCACCGCCGCGUUCUGGUUCACCGGCGACCAUGCGAACCCUAAGCUCCUCCGCGAGCUCGAGGAACUCCUCGAUGCAGGCGUCCGCGUCGCCCUAUGGUACGGCGACUCCGACUAUGUUUGCAACUGGUACGGCGGCGAGGCACUAUCGCUCGGCCUCAACUACACGGGCAUCGAAGAGUUUCGCUCCGCGGGAUACACCCCGCUGCUCGUCGACGGUACUAACUACGGCGAUACGAGGGAGUAUGCCAAUUUCUCGUUCACGAGGGUCUUCGAUGCAGGACACGCUGUGCCCUACUACCAGCCAGAGGCGGCCCUGGCAAUGUUCAAUCGCACCAUCAAUGGGUGGGAUACGGCAACGGGAGAGGAGAGGAUCACGGAGGAUUAUGCGACUGUCGGCGACGCAGAAUCGAGGUAUAACCAGAAAGAGGAGAGAGAGAACGCGAAUGCCAAGCGGGCCUUGAAGAGCGCGAAAUUCAGAUUUUAA